AUGAAUUCUGCUGGUGAGACAGACGCCGUUUCGAAUCUUCUAAAGAAGCUCCACAAGGAACUUCCUAGUGAAAGCGUGCUUUGGUUUGUCAAAUGUUGGCUGGACAGCCCUGAGACACUAGCGGAUCCUGAUGCCUGUGUUCUGUCUCGUGGUGAUGCCAAGGGUCGCAUGCGCCGUAUUGACGGAGGAAAAGGCUCAGACAAAGUCAGUUUAAGGAGUAAUGAUUUUAAACUUUAG